AUGUCCUACAGCAUUGUCCUCCACGCUGGAGCUGCCGAUUCCUGGGCAGGAGAUUCUCAACUCCAAGAGAAAACCGAAUCCUUCCUACAUUAUUUGAUCGAUUCAGCCGAAGAUAAAUUGAGGAACGGAGAAAGUGCAUUGAAAGUCGUUACCGAAGUAGUAUCUAAUCUAGAGGACUACCCCCAAUUCAACGCCGGCAAAGGAUCUGCCCUCAACAAUGAUGGCUUCCACGAGUUAGAAGCAGCUGUAAUCGACGGUCGAACGUGUAGGUACCGAGCAGCAGGCGGCUUACAGCGCACCAAGAAUCCCAUCAAACUGGCACACAAAAUGCUAGAUUUCCCGGCGCCAGCUUUAAUAAUUGGGACCGCGGCAGAUGAGCUAGCGGAGACAAAUGGCUUGGACAUGGUAGAUAACUCAUACUUUACUACCGACAGCCGUCGACUGUACUGGGAGGCGAAGAUGAACAAGCUGCUGGAGAAUCACGGCACUGUGGGUGCGGUGGCUCUCGAUAUUCAUGGCAAUCUUGCAGCUGCCAAUUCCACUGGCGGUGUUACUUUCAAGCACCCAGGACGAAUCGGGGAUACGGCGAUUGUUGGCGCAGGAAUCUAUGCUGAUGAUCAGGUGGCGGUUGUUUGUAGUGGAAGCGGUGAUGCCAUACUCCAGGCCACUGUGGCUGGGAGAGCUGCAGCUGCAGCGCGGUCGGGAACAGAGCUGAAUGAUGCCGUGGAGAAGGCAAUCCUGAAAUCUGCUGAGCUUUGCCCGGAUUCUUCAUGUGGAGUGAUUGCAGUGGACAUAUCUGGGUCUAUCUCGAUUCACUGCAAUAGUCGGAUCUUCGCAGUCGCGUCGGCCAAUUCCUCCCAACACCCAAAGCAGGCUGGUAUCGCGAGGUCGACCAUCCCGAUCUUGAACCAACUCGCGAUCUUCGAAGAUGGGAAGAUCAGAGCUGGGGUGGUAAAGUACCCAACCUUUCCAAAUCAGAUUGUGGUUCAUCCCCAGCCGAGAGAGCCCGUGUUAUCCCUGGAGGCCGAGGCCUUCGUGGACUUCUUCAUCCGACUAAGAAGAGUGAUUCAGAAGGUACAGAGUUUCUACCAGGCUCCUGAUGUCGCAUUUAUAACCUGCAGGAAAUCUUCCUCGGCAUUUGUAUUUCCACUCUUGAUGGUUCCGAAGUCUAUGGAUAUAUAUCUCAAGGAUGACGGCCACACCACCACCUACCGUCCAUUAAGCAACGGCCACCAUGCAGUUUUCCACUACGUUGAUGAAAAGUUGAUUAAGGUUGAGAUCCAUCGACCGGACAAGACUGGGUUAUUCUCCGUAGAGCCACAGCAAUACUCCCAGACUAUCCUUCAAAUCUGGAACAUCAUCCAGGCUCUACCACAGGAGCUAGGUCGUGAUACGACACCGCAACUUGAGGUUCAUCCUCAACGAAAAGGUCAUGUCACCAUCUUCUUAGUUAGUCCUCGUCUAUCGUCAUUUCCUAAGCCAGCGACAUUCUGCUGUUCUCUCCCUGAAUAUCUCACCACGGAACUGGGACCAAAGGUGACGGACAUGGCUGGUCUUGGGCGUUUAGCAGGCAAAAUGGCGGAGUAUUUGACAACUUCACAAAGUUAG